AUGGCUGAAUCAGCGAAGAAUCACAUUGAUAGAAUUCGGAGGACCAAGUUCUCUAUCGGCGGAGACGCGAAUCCGUUGACGGAGGAUCUUCAUCAGGCCGUCAAGAAUCUCUCCGCUGAGCUCUACGCCAAAGACGUCCAUUUCCUCAUGGAGCUUAUUCAAAACGCUGAAGAUAACGAGUACCCGGAAGGUGUUGAUCCAGCUCUGGAAUUCGUAAUCACAUCUGAAGACAUCACAGCCACUGGAGCUCCAGCAACUCUUCUCAUCUUCAACAAUGAAAAGGGUUUCUCAGAGAAGAACAUUGAGUCUGUUUGUAGUGUUGGAAGGUCCACCAAGAAAGGCAACCGCAAACGUGGUUACAUUGGAGAAAAAGGAAUUGGUUUCAAGAGUGUGUUUUUGAUCACUUCUCAACCCUACAUUUUCAGCAAUGGGUAUCAGAUAAGAUUCAAUGAGGCACCUUGUACUCACUGCAGCCUUGGUUACAUUGUUCCUGAGUGGGUUGAGCAAAACCCUUCUCUUGCCGACAUAAAAAGGAUCUACGGUUCUGGUUCUGCUCUUCCCACCACAACCAUUAUCUUGCCUUUAAAGAGUGAUAAAGUAAAGCCGGUGAAAGAACAGCUCUCCAAUGUUCAUCCCGAAGUUCUCUUGUUUCUUUCAAAGAUCAAAGGUCUUUCCAUCAGAGAACACUGCCAAGACUCAAAGCUCAGCACAGUGAACUCGAUCGGGAUCGUUAGUGAGACAAACUUCGUGACGAGGAAGAGCAUUGAUGCUGAGUCUUACACAAUCCAUCUCUCUGCUCGUGGAACCGGUUCUGAGAAAGAAUGUAGUUACUACAUGUGGAAGCAAAAGUUCCCGGUGAAGCAUGAGAACCGUGUUGAAAGAAGAAGUGAAGUUGAUGAUUGGGUGAUAACUUUGGCCUUUCCUUUCGGAGAGCGUCUUGGCCGUGGAACUAACUCUUCCCCUGGUAUCUAUGCGUUUCUUCCGACGGAGAUGGUAACAAACUUUCCGUUCAUAAUGCAAGCGGAUUUCAUUCUUGCAUCGUCUCGGGAGACGAUCUUGCUCGAUGACAUAUGGAACCAAGGGAUUCUCAACUGUGUUCCGCUAGCUUUUCUGAAUGCAUUCACUUCAUUGGUGAAGAAGACAGAUGCUCCGGUCUCCAGCUUGCUGCCUUGUUUUAGUUUCUUGCCUGUGAAGGAAUCUACUUACGCGAAGCUUAACGUUGUUCGAGAUACCGUGAGGGCCAAGGUUUGUGCUGAGGAAAUUGUGCCUAGCGUAUCACAUUUGGGACAGAAGUUCUUCCACAGACCGUGCGAUGUGGGUCGUCUUGUUCCUGCUUUUUGGGAUAUCUUGGAGAAAGCGAGAAGAGAAGGCGCAAGUCUGCAAAACAUAUCGUCUCACGGUAUCUACAUCUUGGAUUCGUCUUUUGAUAGACCUAAGAACGACGAUGUUCUUGACUUCUUGGGUUUGAAGAGUGUUAGCAACGAAUGGUAUGCAAAAUUCAUACAGGGAUGUGAUCUCGUGAAGAGUGUGUCAGAGAAUACGUACGUUGAGGUUCUUCUUUUCUUGGCUGAGAAUUGGUCAAGAUUUCAGAGCACAAACAUGGUGAAAGUUCCGCUUAUCAAGUACGUUGUGCAAAAAGGAGUGACUUCUCUUAGCAGUUUCUCAGAUUUCUCUCCACGGAUGUUAUGCUUCGCCACAGAUAAGAACCAGGCUUGGUUUCUUGAUUGGAACGAUGUGUUUAGAUCCAUGUCUAAGUUUGUUUUCAUCCCACAAGCAACCCGAACAGCGCUUAAUGCGAGCUCAAAGAAGGAAACAGUACUUAAUUGGCUUCAAGAGAAGGUGACCGUCGCGAGACUUAGCAUCUCUGACUAUGCAAAACAUCUGAGGGAGAAUCUUGAUGGAGACAAGAGGCUUGUGGUUGCGUAUGCACACUUUCUUCAUCACUCAAUCUCGAAGGGUUUUUUAUCAGAAGAUGAGGCUGUUAAAAUCUGCAAAAACAUGCCGCUUGUGGACAACUAUGGGAACAUCAACACAAGCAGAAAGGGAGUUCUUGUUCCUGCUAGUGCAGGUAAAUGGGUUAGCUUGGUUGGUUCAAAUCCUUGGAGGCAGAACAGUUAUAUUGAACUAUGGGAAGAGUAUUUGUCAUCUGCUAGCUUCGCUGGUGUCCGGUCUAAUCAAAGAGAGCUUCUUGAUUUCUUGGAAGAGUAUGCUCAGGCUGGAGAUAUACCUGACAUUGAGCCUCCAAAUUCUGCUAUUCCUGCGUUGUCCGGAGCUCUUAGGAAAGAGAAUGCUUUGCUUCUUUUGGAGUGGAUUAAGAGAAACAGAUAUUCCCUUCCUCACAAGUUCUUGGAUUCUGUUCAAGAAGGAAGCUGGUUGAGAACCACAAUGAAUGGUUCCUCUGAUUAUCGGCAGCCUUGUAAGUCUUUUUAUCACACUUUUUCAUGGGGAGACAUCUUGCAGAACGGAUCUGUUCUUGUUGAUAUUCCACUGGUUGAUCGAAGCUUCUAUGGGAGAGAGAUUGAGAGGUACAAAGAUCAGCUGAAAACUUGUGGUGUGAUGUUUGAGUUUAGUGAAGCGUGUACGUUUGUUGGAGAGCAUCUCAUGAGUUUGGCUGGAGAAUCAUCACUGUCAAGCGCCAACAUGUUCUCCAUUCUGAAAUUCAUAAGAUACUUGCGGCAGAAGCAACUCUCACCAGCUGAUUUCAUUAGUGCAGUCAAAGAUGGUUCUUGGUUGAGGACAAGCUCCGGCGACAGAUUUCCGGAUGGAGCUGUUCUGUACAGUCAAGACUGGAAAGCUGCUUCGCUGUUCAGUGACAUACCAUUCAUUGACAGAAACUUCUAUGGUGAAGCUAACCUAAAUGGAUUCCAAGAGGAGCUUGAGUUGCUUGGUGUUGUGGUUAAGUUUCAUAAAAAUCACAGCCUCAUCGUUGCUUACUUGAAUCCUUCAAAGCUAAACUAUUUGACAUCUGAAGCAAUGCUCUUAGUUCUUCAUUGCGUUCGCCAUCGGAGUCCUCCAAAGCUCAUCAACGCCCUGAGAAACUCUCAAUGCUUGUUGACGAAAAGCAGCUUUAAAUCCCCUGCCGAGUGUUUCAUUUCUGAGCCGGAAUGGAGUUGCUUUAUGACGGUUUUCGAUGUCUUCCCUUUGAUCGACGAGGAGUUCUAUGGAAGAAGAAUCCUUUCCUACAAAGAAGAGCUGAAGCAGAUUGGUGUUGUGGUUCAAGUUGAAGAAGCUGUGAAAGGCUUUGUGCGCACGUUUAAGCACAAAGCUUCCACCUCUGGUCUAACCCGAGAUACCGCCUCGUCUCUUCUCUCUUGCUACAGAAAGCUAAUGGGAAGCAAUCAUAAGUUUCCGGAAGAGCUUUUGAAAACGUUCAAAGAGUUACAAUGGCUUCACACAAAGCUCGGCGACUUCCGUGCUCCAAAAGACUGCAUUCUCUUUGAACCAGAUUGGGAACCUCUCCGCCUUGUAGCGAAUCUGCCUUUCAUCGAUGACAGCUCAAACUGGUACGGCAAGGGGAUACAUGAGUACAAGAUAGAGCUAAAGAGCUUGGGGGUUACAGUUACUCUGAGACAAGGCAUGAGCCAUGUGGUUAGCUGCUUAAGUCUCCCUGGUCCAUCGAGCAUCACUUCUUCAAGCGCGCUGUCUCUUCUUAAGUGUGUCAAGUUCUUGCUUGAGGAUAGAUUUGAGAAGCUCCCUAAAGAGUUUCUUGACAAGGUUUCUGUCAAAUGGUUGAAGACACAUGGUGGUUGUGGUUACCGAAGUCCUGAUGAGUGUCUCUUGUUUGAUAAGAGCUGGGGAUUAGAGCCGUGUGAUGGUCCUUUCAUAGAUGAAGAGUACUAUGGCGCAGAGGUUAAAACGUUCAAGAAAGAGCUUGUUGCGAUUGGAGUUGGUAACAAUGCAGCUAAAGCUUGCCAGUUGCUUGCGAGUCAAGUCUUUACUCAUUCUGAUUAUAGUGCGAUUACUCGGAUUUAUAGGUUUCUCUACAAAUAUGAUUGGAAACCUACGAAAGAUGGUGAUGCAGCAGCAAGCCGAAUCUGGAUCCCGAAAGAUGGUAAAUGGGCAGAUGCCUCUAGCUGUGUGCUCUAUGACAAAGACAAACUCUUUGGCUCUUCUCAGCUAAACGUUCUUGGACACCAUUACGAAUGUGAUCUUCUUCGUUUCUUUUCAUCUGCAUUUGGCGUGAGAACUUAUCCGUCUAUUGAAGAUUACUGUACUCUAUGGAAAGAUUGGGAGAGAACGAAGGAGAGAUUGUCAUACGACGAGUGCUGUGCGUUCUGGAGAUUCGUAGCGCAACACUGUUACACAGUUAAAGCAGAGAAGUUCCUCUCUGAAUCUUUCUCGCGUUUGCCUAUAACUGCACCAGAUUGCAGCAGCAAAGAUGGAGGAAUCUUGCUAUCGAACGUAAGCGAUGUGUUCAUAGCUGAUGACUUGCUACUGAAGGAUCUUUUCGUAGACUCCUCUGUUUUCGUUUGGUACCCAACUCCAAGCAUCCCUGCACUGUCUCAAGCCAAGCUUAUGGAGAUUUACAGAAAAAUCGGUGUCAAAGAGAUCUCCAAAUGCGUUGAGAUGGCAGAAGCUGAGAUCAUAACCGAUGGAGAGAAGCAAGAGAAGAAUAAUAAUCUGAUCGGAGCUGGGCUAGUGAGGUUGAUUCUAGGGUUUCUCUCUGAUCCAUCUCUGAAGAUAGAAGCUGAGGAACGUUCAAGAAUCAUACAGAGCAUUCUCAGCGUCACCGUUGUGGAGACUCCGGAGACGAUCACGACGGAGUAUACUCUGAAUCUACCGUCAAAGGGAGAGAAGCUGGUGGCGAAGGCUAAGAGGAUGAUAAGGUGGGAGAGAGAGAAAGGAGUGGUGUAUGCAGAGAAGAUGGAGAAAGCUUGUGGUAAAAGAAAGGUUUUGGAGUACGCAACGUGUUUCGCUGAGGUGGUUGCUAAAGGAGUGUUGUGGGAGAGAGAGGAUCUUAUUGGAUCGUUAUCUGAGCUUGUGAAGAUGGCGUACUUGGUGGAGUUUGAUGGUGAGGCUUUGGAGUUUCUUAUGAAGUCCAAGAACCUUCAGGUCUAUGAAGAAGAUGAGAAACUCAUCUCAGAUGCUUUCUCCCUCAAGUAA